AUGCCUCGGUUUCGUAUCUUAGACUCGGCUGGGCAAACGGCCCAAGGAAGUCGAGACCAUCAAGAAGACCGCUACAAAUGUAUUCUUCCACACGAUUUCUCCCCGCCCCAAGGCGCCCAAAUAGCUUAUUUUGCCGUCUACGAUGGCCACGGAUCCGCCGAGGCAUCCGAAUUUGCGUUCCAGAGUCUGCAUAGCCGCAUCGCAGACCGCGAGGAGUUCCGCUCCGGAAAGUACGAAGAGGCCAUCGUGCUAGGUCUCAAGGAUAUCGACGACGAACUUUACGAGCGGUUUCGUGGCGGGAGCGACGAGUCCGCUAUGUGUGGGUGUACGGUGGCGUUGUGUCUGCUGGAUCUCACGAGCGGGAGUCUCUUGGUGGCGAAUCUAGGUGAUUCGCCGAUCAUUUGGGGGAAGAAGGAUGGGGAUGGGUAUCGUGUUGAACGACUUUCCCAUUCGCAUAAACCGUCCGACAAUGACGAGCGCGACCGGAUCUUUUUCGCCGGCGGAAAGCUGAACGACGUAACCGGGGAGGACCGACUAGGCGCGAUCAACAUGACGCGCGCUCUAGGCGAUCUACAACUCAAGCGACCGCUGAACGAAACGGCGGUCGAGAAAGGAUUGGAGAUGAUCGCGGGGCAAUCGGAUUGCCGCAACACCGAAGACGACUUUAUGUCGCGCUUACCGUUCACGUUGACCAGGAGGCUCUCGCGAUCGAGUAGCAAGCAGAUCUUGAUUCUGGCGAGCGACGGCGUGACGGAUGCGUUGGAGGACGAGAAGCUGGUGACCCUGAUCGGGACGAUGGAGAAGCAGGGCCAUUCGGCGAAGGAUAUCUCGGGCGCGACGAUUGAGUUGGUGGGCAGGGAGAAGCACAGUGAUAAUUGUACUUGCAUCGUGGUGUUUCUGGGAUGUGAGGACGAGGAGUCAGAUUGA